UGACAGUUCAUUGUUUAUUAAUAAAGUAAACUAAAAAGUACACAAUUAAAUGUGUUUUAAUCUCAUUAAAUUGAACAUUUCCACGAAAUCAGCUUGCAAUUUGGCGCUACUGGCGUUGGUUUUCGUUUGUUGGUAUUGCGCCCUGCGGGUAGACCGGCACUUUUGGAGUAUAAAUUCCAAAUAAAAUGCCUUUCACGGCCGACGCGGUGGCCGCCCAGCAAGUACAAGAGCGCCUGAAGGCCCUCCAGCAAUUAGUGCCCGAAAUCGAAAAGAAACGGCACAUCUGCGAGCAAGGUCUCUCCGCUCUACAAUCCUACACACACGACGAAAAAGGCGGACAAAGUUCACAGAAGAUCAAGUCGUUGUACAAAACGUGCGUGGUCCAAGCGGAGCACGAGGAAGACCUCAUUCGCAAGGCCUUGCAAAAGAUAACCGAAAUACGAAACAUAAAAAACGAAAGGCGGAUACAAAUGGCUUUUCAGACGCGCUUCGCAUCGAAUAAAGAAUCCGUGCGAAAGGGGAUCAGGAUGAGGAUGUUGUACACUUCUGCCAACACGAUACCUCUCUACGUCGGUAAAUUGGGGGAAAAACCGCCGCCUUUAUGCGGCGCUAUACCAGCCGAAUCGAAUUACAUAGCCAAAGUGGGCGAUAUGGUGGCGGCGCUGGUGAAGAACCACGAAGGCGACAUCGAAUGGAUAUUGGCCGAAGUGGUGAGCUACAUUCACGGUUCGAACAAAUACGAAAUCGACGAUAUUUUGAAGGAACAGAACCAAAUCGGCCGGUACACGGUGAGCAAAUGCAAAGUGAUACCGUUGCCUCUGAUGCGGGCCAAUCCGAAAACCGAUCCGCAGGCUCUGUUCCCACAAGGAUCACUAGUAAUGGCCCUGUUUCCGGGAACGACUUGCUUCUACAAAGCCCUGGUGGACAAACCGCCCGCCACUCACGCCGACGAAUACCAAUUGCUCUUCGAGGAUUUGACCUAUCCGGAGGGUUACAGUCCUUCUCUGCCGGUUUUCCAACGGUACGUUAUCGUUUACAAAACCAAAGGGAAACAAGGCCACAAGUCCAGCAGUUUGCAAAACGCCGCGUCGAUGGCAGACGACGAUGCCAUCGGAGCCGAGGCCUGUAAAUAGCUGCAUACAAAAUAAGGAAGGGAGAAAUAAAGGAGCAAGUUUGUAGAGAUAAGGGAUUGAUAUUUAAUUAAGGAUACAUCUGUAAUUUGUAUGAAUGUUUCUCAUUAUAUUACGUUUUGGUUUACCUAUAAUUAUAUUUUUCAUUUGA